AUUGCUUUGAGAAAGAUGAUAAAUUUGGACUGUCGCUUUUUUUUUUUUUUGGAUGGGUUUAAGAAAUGGGGAUCCUAGGUAAAGACAAAAAAGGCUCCCCGUCGUCCUCGACAUCACCUUGCGCCAAUCUCAGAGCUGCUUACCACAACUGCUUCAACAGGUGGUAUUCGGAAAAGUUUGUAAAAGGUCAAUGGGACAAGGAGGAUUGUGUUUCUGAAUGGCGAAAAUACAAAGCUUGUCUCUCUGAACAUUUAGAAGAUAAACAUCUCAGUCGAUUCUUGGAAGCUGAUGAAGGGCCUUUGGAGCCUUCCAUUCCUGUUACCGAUGGAAAACGCUAGUAGUAAUUUUCAGUUGCAAUUAUGUUAUUAAAAAAAAAAAAAAAGUGUUUUUUAUUUAUGGUGAUGAAAACUAAAGGGGAUUUUUAUAAUGAAUAGGCGAUAGCUAUAACCAUAUCAUUAAAUUUUGUGUUUUGUUUUCUUGUUUAACAGAAAAAAGAUCAAUGUACCCUUUUCUCCUUUGUUAACACUUCUUUAUGGAAACAGUUGGUUGAAAUCAUUUAUAAUUUGACAAAUUCAUAUGUAUGAGUAAAGUGGUGUUUUGAGAACAAUUAUUGUUUUAUAGAGUAGACUAACAUACAAAUUAUUCGUCUCUAAAAUAAAAGCCACUCGUCACAAAAUGGAGAGCUUAUAUUUGUUCAUUUCUUUUUGAAUAGGCAACGUGCAAUCAUCCACUCUUCUCCAUUAUUGUAUCCAAACAUUUAUUCAAUAUAUAUAAAUAAUGUUUUCUAGUA